AAAGGAGUUAGAUUAAUAAUUGAUGAUAUCUUUUUGAUAUAUUUCUAUGAGUCUACAAAAAUAUUUAUAAUGACAAUUACAAGUAGCUGUGCCAAAGUUUCAGAAGAUGAUAUUUAAUAGGAGAUUGGAGAAAUUUUAGUUUAUUCUUCUUCUAUUUUUUUUAUACUUACAAAUGACGAAUUACUUGUCUUUCAAUUAAAUAUUUUGCCGUUAUAAAUGCAAAGAGAGGAAAUUCCUAGAGUCGAUCUAUUAUAGAUUCAAAAAAUACAAGAAAAUUUAAUGAUGAUUAGAUUUUCAAGUGAAGGAUUUUUAGUUUCUCUAGAACCAACCGGUUUAAUAAAAAUUUACUAAAUUUUGAUAGAUUAGGAAAGUAUAGAAUCAGAAAAAGUAUUAAAUUAUUUAAAUUAGUAUGACUUCAAAUUUUAAGCUCCUAUGUUUUUGACUAACAUAAUAAUAAAUGUGAAAUAACAAAUGAUUUCCUUAUUCGGGAAGCAAAUAUUGUCAGUAAACUUUGAUUUUUACAAAAAUAGCUAAAUAAAUAAUUAGCAGACAUAGAAGAAUAUUCCAAAAAUUUAAAAUGGUCAUACAGAUAAGAUUAAUGGUAUGCUUAUUGAUGAGCUAUAAAAAAGAAUCAUAAGCUAUAGCGAUGAUGGUAGUUUUAAGGUAUGGGAAUUGAAUGAAGAUUCAUAUAAUCAGACUUUUGCUAAAUAAAUGUCAUACGAUAGUAAUUUUGAUAAUGUAAAUUUUAUUAUGGAAUAAUAUCAUCCUUCUUGCAAUCCUUACAAUUUAUUGGUAUGUAAAUUCAAAGUAUUAGGCAUGGAUAUAUUUAAGGAUAGUGGUUAUCUACUUUCUUAGUAUAAUGACAAUACUGUAGUAAUGUGGCAAUAUUCGAUAUUUUAAAUAACAUAUAUAAGAACAUUUAGCUUAAAAGAUUAAACAAAAAAACUAAAUAAUUUUCAUAUUGAUAAAUUUUAUUUAUAUAUAACUAUUAGCAAUAAUUAAGAAGUAAAAGUAUUUCAUCUCUUAAACUAAAACUAAACUUAUUCUCUUCCCUAUGACAAUCCUUUAAAAACUUACAUUUUGAGGAACGAUUAUAAUUUUUAUUUAGUUAUUUUAAAGCAAACACCAACAAUUAUAAGUGCUUUAUUCUACUCAAUUAGGGGCUAAAAUUUAGAAAAGAUAAACUUUUAUAUUGAAUUUUAAGGAUAAAUGCAAUCUAUCCAUGUUACUGAAUAAGAUGAAAGUACUUCUUAUGCAAAUCUCUAUUCUUUUUUUAUAAGUACAAAUUAAAACAAACUAUUUUUUAUUGAUUAUAAUUUUAACAAAUUUACUACUGUUGUUCCAGUUGCAACAGCUUUAGCUUUUUUUACAGAUCUCGAUAUAUUGAUUUGCUUUUCUAAGUCAUUUCAAACAUACUUAGUUGAUGCUUCUUCAACAAACAUACUCAACUAAUUUUAAUAUUUCAAUUCUAUUAUUAGCGAAAAUGCAAUUACAAUUCCCUUCAGAUAAAAGAUUUGCUUUGUUUAUAUUAAUAAUGCAAAUGAUGCUAUAAAAAAUUAAGUGAUAGGCAUAAAUCAUCAAGGAGCAAUCAUUUACUUAGCAACAUUCGAGUAGAAAAUUACUAGUGUAAAAGCAGAUCACAUAACAUAAAAGAUAUUUAUUGGGUUUUAAAAUGGUUAAAUAUAUUAUGGAAGCUUCUCCCCUUAACUCAAAAUAAAUUCAUAUAGGACCACAUAUACAUAAGAUCUUAGAUACUCUAAAAUAAUUAGAGGUUUUAUCUCUUUUUAAUCAAAUUUAAUGAUUUAUGAUUUAAUUUCUAUGGAAUCCUCAAUAUUCCCAAAAAAACAUUUAAAUGAUAUAUCUGGAUAUAUCCUCGACGAAAAUAAUAAUAGCAUAAUUACCUAUUCUAACGAAACAAAUACUAAUCUUUUUAAAUGGGAUAUAAACGCUUUAGAGUAUUAUCAAAUAAAAAAUCCUAUCUAAAUUAAAGGAGGUACAAUGGCUGGAGUAGAUCAAGUAUUUUUGGAUUUGUAUAAUGGAUUUCUUAUAACUUUUAAUUAAGCAAUUUUAGAGAUAAUUGUAUGGACGUAUCCUAAUUUAAAAUUUCAGUUCAAGGGAACUGUUUUGCAGGAAGCUAAGUAAAAUUUAACAAAUAACAAUGAUUCGAAUGAAAAUGGAUCUUAAUAACCUUAAUAUACCUAUGCAGUUAAACAAUUUUAUUUGUUUAAAUAGAACAUGACACUUUUAAUUUUAGAUAAUCAAGACUCAAUAAUUGCUUAUAACUAUCAAAAUAAUAUUUCUUAUAUUUUUACUGAAAACAGCUCUGAUAAAUUCUUUUUUGAUGAGGAAGUUGGUUACUUGUUUAUUAAAAAAGGGUUUGGUCUGUAAUCUGUUUUAAAGGUUUAUAACAUAAGCCUUUCUGAAAUAGCUGAAAAGAGAGACCAUAACCUUGAUAUAAGAAAUGUAAUUUUUAAAAGAAAGUACACAUACUCGUACGAUAUAAACAUAAUAGCUGUAAUUGACAAAGUUUCUUUGUAAACUAUUCGAACAAUAAAAUGCUUAAAUCCAACAAUACUAAAUAUAAUAAUCUCAGAAAAAUUAGACAUGAUUUUUAUAUGGAAUGAUUACUACAAAGAUAAGGUGUUUUAUCAAAAAAUUGCGAUUUUUAAUAUUUCUUCAGGCCUCUUUUAUAAAGAAGUAUCUGCUAAUUAAUAAUUAGAAUAUGGUAAUAUUGGAGCAGUAACAUUAGAUGAAUCUUCUUAUACAUUGUUUUUUUCUAGGAGUAACUUUUGUAUUUUUGCAUUUGAUUUAUUAAGAUUUGUUUACACUGGAUAUUACAUCAUUAAAUUUAAUACUGCUAUCACUACUUUAACAUUUCUACCUUAAUAUAAUUCUCUCCUAUGCUCAGAUAGUGCCUAAAUUAUGUUCUUUAAUGUCGAAAAUGCUUUAAAUUCAAGAAAUUUAGUUACUCCAUUAUACUAAUCUAGAAACGAUAAUUAUUUUAUACACAAUUAGCAAUAAAAAACUUAUUUUAUUGACUACGAUAAUUCACUUUGGGUUUUAGAUAACUAAUCUUUUGAAUUAAACUUUUUAAAAUAAUUAUAAACAAUAAUGGCUGCUAAAUUUUGGAAUGAAAACAUUUAUUUAUCUACAACAAAUGCAUUAAUUAAAUUAGAUAUGCAACUCAAUGUGCUGCAUUAAUUAGAUAUAUAGCUGCGUACCUUAUAUUUUAGUCAAAAAAGCAUAUUUUGUUAAAAUCAAAACUAUGAUUUAGUUAAAAUAGAUAUUGAUUCUCUUACUCUAGAUUCAAAAUUUAAGAUAGCGUUUUAAUUAUUAGAGAAUAAUGUAAUGGAUAUUUACUCUGCAAUCAAGUAAGACAUUAGAGCUAUUAAAGAUCCAAACCAAGAUAUUGACACAUCAUUUGAUUUUAUUGAGGCUUAUUGUGCUUAUAAAGCUAUAUAUGACCCACAAACAAAUAAAUUAUAUACUUUGAGUAAUAAUGGGUUGAUUAUUGUAUAUGGGUUUUCUUUUACAAAAAAAGGAACAAUUAAUUCUAUUACACUAUAAAACUGGCUGCCUUUACCCACUUUAUUGAAUGAUGUUAAAUUAAAUCUCUAAGAUUAGUUUUUUUUGAUUGAAAUGCCUUGGUAGUUAAGUACUAUCAGUAAAAUAACUAAUUAUAAAACUUAGAAAAAUCUUUAAAAAUUGCAGAUGCUGAAAUAUCUUAAACAUAUAUCUAUGGUGAACCAAGAUUAAGUUUGUAUUAUGAUCCUAUCUUUACCAAUUUAAAAUCAUAAUAUUCUGCUGUUGGCUCAACUCAAAAUAAUAAUGGGAAAUAUGUUCUUUAGAUUUUGGAUGAUAUUUUUUCGCCAGAAAGUUUUUCUUAGAUUAAUAUCCAAAACUAUAUAUUUGAUAUCAGCUAAUCAGAUAACAUCUAAUUUAACAAUCAAACAAAAAAAAUAAUUUUAAGCUAAAUAGAUUUUAAAAAUGAUGCUCAAAAUUUUUUGAUGAAUUUUACUUAAGCUAAUUCAAUUAUUUUAGAGGAUAUCCUUAUAAAAAAUAUAAACAUAAGAGGAAAGAGUAGCUUUUUCUAUUUUAGUUAAUGUAAGUA